GGUCCUUCUAGUCACACAACACAACCAACGCCAGUUAGCCAGUUAGCUUUGAUGCUAACAUGCUGCUUCUGUUCUCUCAGUGUGAUUGAGGCUGAAUUUAACAGCGGAGGAGCCUGAAACCAGACUGUACUGAACUUGUUAGUGUUUUAUGUAAGUUGUCUUAUUAAAGGAGGUGAAUUGUGUUGUUAAAUGAAGAUGUGGAGCUCAGGAGGCCGUCGUGUCCUUCAGGAGCUGCUCAGCCAGCCGGCUGUCAGGAGCUUCUCUCUGAGUCCUGCUCAGAACACAGUUGUAGUGGAACGCUGGUGGCAGGUGCCUUUAUCUAAAGUAGGCAGCCCACCGAGGCUUCACCCUCGAAGACACAGAAUCUACAAGUUGGUCGAAGACACCACACACGCUCCCAAGGAGAAGAUGGAGCUCAUCCUGACUCAGACGGUACCCAAGGUCGGUGGACGAGGAGACACCGUGUUUGUGAAAAAGGCUGUCGGCAGAAAUAAGCUGCUGGCCGAAGGCCUUGCAGUGUAUCCAUCACUGGAGAACAAACAGAUGUUUUCUGAGGAGUUAAGACUUCUGCGUGAAGGGAAGCCAGAGGAAAGAAUCCAAACCCGCACCGGACAAUUGACAGUGGAGCUUCUUAAACGCACCAAGUUGAAGAUAAACAAGAUGCCUUCGGAUGAAUUCCAGCUCACUAAAGAAGUCGUCUGCAGACAGUUUCAAAAGAAGCUGCUAAUCGUUGUGCCACCUCAUGCAUUGAGUCUCCCAUUUGAGUCGGUCAAGGACGUGGGUGACUACUGGUGUGAAGUUACGGUUAAUGGAAUGGACGUAGUUCGCAUCCCCAUUUCACUGAUGCCAUAUGAGGACCCAUCUGCAAGUUAUCAGCGGCAGUUGAAAACACAAAUGCAAGAGCAGCAGGAGCAGCAGGCGGCCGCAGACAUCUCAGAACCUGCUGCUGUAGAGGCAGUUUCUGCUGCUGCUGUGGAGGAAACUACUGUGAAGGCAGUUUCUGAAGCUGCCGUGGAAGAAGCUGCUGUGGAGGAAGCUACUGUGAAAGCUGUUUCUGAAGCUGCCGUGGAAGAAGCUGCUGUGGAGGCAGUUUCUGAUGCCACUGAGGAGAGAGCUGCUGUUUCUGAAGCUGCAGUGGAAGCAGCUUCUGAUGCUGCUGUAGAAGCUGAAGCAGGUAAAGACUCUGUGAGUGAAGUUAGUGAAGCUGCAGCCUCAGCAGGAGUCUCCGCUGCUAAAGAAGAAUCAGCAGCAAGUACACAGACGAGUCCAGACACAACAGCACCACCUAGCGACAGCCCGAAGAAAGAUUAAUGGACUCCAAAUGAAGAUGUGCAUAGAACUGCAAUGGAUAUUGUUUACCCAUAAUACACAUUAUACAUGCAUAAAAACAA